AUGAGUUCUCCGUCAUCAAACCAUUUCGAAUUCGAUCAAAAAAGAGUUUUUACUCAAGAAGAAGAACGAAAAUACUGGAAAAUCGUCGACGAGGUCGCAGAAACCGACGACAAGAUCCUCGACGCACUUUUCGAAUAUUUGAAGGCGAAUAAAAUGACAGCGGAAUCAAAACUAAGAAAUGACUUCAAUUGGUGGUCAGAAUUCGAAAAUAGUCUAAAAAUAUUCGAAAAUGCUUAAGGUGGCGCUCCCGGAUGAUCUUCACGCUCCAAAAUGCUCCGCUUGAAAUUCCGAAGAAGCUCAAGUUGUACCAACAGCUCAAACUUUUAGUGAAUGAUGGUUUCCGUGCCGUGUCAGUUUUUGUGCAUUUUUCUGCCGAAAAGACUAGAAUUUUCAGACUGGAAAGGUACGCGUAUUUGGAGAUGAAGAAUCGAAGAAUUCUGGAAUAUUCUAUGAAACCGACGCCGGCGGACGACGAAAUUUGGAAGGCGAUGACGAAAUAUCCGCCCGAUGAUAUUAGAAUGAUUUUCAAGUUUACCGGAAAAGAAGUGCCGCAUAAAGUGCAAGCGUAGGCGCUAAAUCGACACAACAAGUAUCGAUUCCAUUUUCAGCUUUCUCAGAAAACUCGCUGAAACCAUGCACUUGCAAGAGCACAUUUCGGAGCUCGAUAAGCUGCGUAUCCAUAUGAAUUACAUGCUUCCGGUGAACGAAAAAUUUCUGGAAACGCUUCGAGCCGAGCGAUUUGUGGACAUUUACGAGGUGGACUCGAGCGUUUUCAUUCUGCGCUGGCGAUGGAUUGAGAAACGCGCGGCGUGGCUCGAGUGGAACACCCCGGAGUUGAUGUGAUUCGCGAUGGAGCGCAAUGUUUUCAAUUGCUUGGUUUAUUACAGACAAGAGGACGGUUUUGCUCCGUUUUGCAACGAAGAAGAACGCGCUAUUUGGCUCGCUUUUCUCUACAACGUGCACAACGACGAUCGCGGUGUUAUCGCAAAGUAUCAAUUGUCCUCGCUUCGAUCGGUGGACGAUAUUUUUCAGCAGUAGGGCUGCUGGGUCACGAAAUUAUACAACUCAUGUUCUGUUCAGUUUUCAGAAAAACAUGAAGAAUCGACUCUAUUUGACCUCAUUUCCGCUCGACAUCAAACUCCGCCUCCAUGCAAAAUGUAGCAUCCCAAUUGUCAAUGAAUUUUCGAAAAUGUGACCGUAAAAGCGUCAUUUCGAUCGAUAAGUGUGUGUGCGAUUUCAGAGUGAAACAGAACAGGGUCGAUUUGCUGCUCUGUCCGUGGAAAAACACAAUUAUCGAGUACACGACAGCGAAAAGAUGGCAAAGAGUGAAACCGCGAUUUGCGACGUCGGAAAUGCUGAAAAAGUACUCGCCAGAAACGGUUAAUCGCGAUAUGUGGCAAAUUCUUCUGGAGAACAACACCGGAUGUCUCGAUCCGUACGUGGUGUUCAAAGCGUGUCGAGAAGCCGGAAGAGCCACGUGCAACGAGUACUUUUAUUUUAUACAGUAACCUUAACAACUUCAAUGUACAAAUUUUAUUUAGUUUUUUUAGUUUUCGCAACACGGCCUCACAGCUACACUUGACAGAUCUGGACAUUGCGUCAAAGCUCAAACUGUACAAGCGUUACGCGAUUCCGGUCCCAGAACACUACUUAGAAACGUACGAAAACAUCUAUAAGAAUCAAUUUAAAAUCUUUAUUUAGACUCGAAACGUACGCGAGAUUGCUGAUGAAAGACGUGAACUAUAACGAAGUAAAGGAGCGAAUCAUUCAGAAUUAUCUGUUGUGCUCGGAGGCGCCCAGAGAGCCGCUCAAACCGGUGAAGCGCCAGACAAAAGAUAGCAUUGCAGAGAAACCAACGAAAAUUACGAAAAUUGAAAUCCAAGAAGAGAAUUUAUAAUUUGUAAUUUGAAUAUUGUUCGAAUGUACUGUCAAAUGUAAUUAUUUUGCUUCAUUUCGCUUUUUAAUGAAUCUCACCACUUUCAUGUAAUUCUUCGCGGGUUAGAGGUUCUCUUUAUUAUUUGUUUAUCGAUUGAAAAUUGUCGCGCGAAACUUUGCAAAAGGCGAGGCCUAGAAAACAUCACGUGUAGUCCGCGAGGAGAAUAAAUUAUCAUCAUUUUUCGAAACAUUAAACCCAGAAAAAAAUGUUUCGAAAAUGAUCAUAAUUUGACUUUUAUUGACUUUUCGACAGCCUCUCAAGUCGAAACGUUACUCUACCAAUCACUAUCUGAAAUCAUUCAAAUUCGAGAAACUAUGCAAAUGCGCUCUACUCUGUGGCCGCGAAAUUCAAGCAAAUGCAUCAGGAAACGGCGCUAGAACGAGGUAGAACUCGCACGGAAUGGAACUCUUCCAAUUUGGAACUCGCAGUUAUAUUUUAACGUUGCGGUUUCCAAAUCGUAACAGUUUCAUUCCGUGCGUGUUCUACUUGGUUGCAGCGCCCAGGAAACUUGUUUUCCCUUGCUAAUUUGAAAUUUUCAGGAAAAAAAUGGAGCCUAAGCGUGAAGCAAAUCUCCGAAAAAGCUACAGAGAACGACAUGAUGAUGUGGCGAUUUCUGAUCGAUACUUCUGACACAAGCCGUUCUUAUGGGGCUAUUCAGCGUAUGUUUGUUUUCCUUUUUUUUUUUGGUUUUUUUACAUCGCUGAAUUGGAUUUUUUGACGUAAAAAAACGGAAAACAAUCAUUUUUUUCAUAGCCUGAAUAACUCCACUACCAUCUCUGGCGCCGAUUCAUAGAGAAGGCCGGCUCGCGGCGCAAUGUGAAGACUCUCUACCGAAGAUUCCUCUUCUCUUUGGCGCCGAACCUUCACAGCGCAAAUCUCGACCUCGAAACCAAGCUUUUGUUGUAUAAAAAGCUAGAGUUCAUCCUUCGAUUUUGAACGAGUAAGCUUUUGAACAUCUGAAAAAUUAGUCAAAUAUUCGUUUCAGACUGAGAUAGAAGGCGAAUUUGGUGAUUGGAAGGCACGGGACCAUUUUGCGAUGUCAGUUCAAGGAAACGCCCGAAAAAAUCGAAGAGGGGCCGGAAAUUCUCCGAAGUGUCCAAAAAGCGGCUACUGAGUGCGGUUGAAGCGAGAUCAAUGACGAAAUUGUCGAUAGCGUCCAGGAAGUCAUCAUUUACCGGAAAACCGCAAAUUCUGUGAUCGAAAAGUGAGCGAAAGCUCGGCCACCAACUAAAAAACUAAUUUUCAGACUGGAAGCGACGCACACAUCGAGUUUGAAAGUGUUUCUGGAAAGAAUAAAGCCUCUGGUGCCAGCAGAUGAUCCUGAUAAUAUGCGCGAACGAAUUCAGAUGGUCAUUCAAAGCGCUGGGAAUAAUCUUUUUACAAAAAUUUAAUAAAAAGGCCGAAACCCCGAUUUUUCCAGAAAAUAGAUACCGCCGAAUCAUGUGCGUUGUGCUCUCGGCGCCGCUCUCUCUUUCCUUGGAUGUUAAACUCGAUGUGCAUUUUCGAAAAAGUGUUAUAAUUUAUCGAAUAAUUGACUAAUCAUUUCUUGCCUGAAAAUUUCCCCUUGUGUUGUUAUUUUUCGCUGAAUUGUUUCAAUGGUUUUGUCGCCAAUUUGUUUGUAUCUUUGAAAAUUUUUGAAAUAAUUGUUUUAGGCAACGAAUAACGAUUCCAGAAUUGAUGGAACCGCCGAAUUCUCCAGGAGACAGCGAGGGUUCGACAGGCGUUCGCAUUCCGCGAACCGAAAAUUUCACGCCCGAAGAGGACAAGGCCAUGUGGAGAUUUCUGAUUGAUAAUUCGCCAAAUUGUGGACCGUUCGAAGUCUGGAAUAGUUACAGGGCUGAAACCGGAUCCAGACGAUCCCCAUCGACGCUUUAUCAGAGGUUGGGAAGCAGAAACACAAAAUAAAACGAAUUUCUUGCAGAUUUCGAAAAUAUUUGUCGCCAAAACUGCAUCAGAUGGAUUUCGACAUUGUGACAAAGGUGAAAUUGUCGAUGAAGUACAAAAUUGUAAUAGCUCAAGAGUUUUUGAGCGAGUAAGCCCGAAAAACCCCGGGAAUUUCCAUAAAUUUUUCAAUUUUCAGACUUCGCCGAUUCGCGAACGUGGAAAUCGGUGGCGACGGCUAUAUUAUCAGCUACCAGCCGAAGUGUGGCAAGACGUACGAGAUUCUGGAGCAGAAUCUCACGGCCGCCCUUCAACAAAUCAUCUGUCAAAGUGCGGGCGAAUCGUCGAGCGGUCCGUUGACGCUCGAAAGCGUUCAUCCGACGGUCAGCGACGAGGAUUUCGAGGAUAUGGAGCGGCUGGAGAAGGUGGUGACGACGGAGGAGAGCGCGGAGGGCGAGGAGCUCGGGAAAACUAUCGCCUCGAGCUCCGACAGUCCUGCGGCGAGAAUGCCGAGAUUGGAGCAUCAGGGCACGUCGUCGCGCCAGCAGCUCUACACAAUCUCCCCAGCUCACCCGCAUUCUCUAAUGCAAUCCGGGCCACUGGUUCCACUUCUGCCACCUCCAAUUAGCGCCAAACGCUCGUAUCAGUCGAGAAAAACAAGACCCGCGAAACUUUUGAAGCUCGAGAACGCUUGGGAAGACCAGUCGGCUCCGGCGCUGACUCCGCAGUCCUCGCAGCCGCCGGACACUUUGGGCGAAGAGCAACAGGCUCCGCCCAUAGAGUCGAUUGCGCCGCCCGUGAUGAGCUUCGAGCAGUUGAGCAGCUUCCUGAGCGUCGUUCAGACCGUGCUCAAUGUUGUCAUCGAAACGCGCAACAACGAGUUGGUCGCAAAGAUCGCCGAAGUUGUUAACAAGUGAGAGCACUCGAGAGUUUUGCGCGCGAAAAUGCAGAUGAUUUGCAGAAAACCCGAGCCGCGGCCCGAAGACGUGACCACGAAGAUGAAGGCGUUGCUCAACGGCAUUAAGGCGAUGAUCGGCGAGUUCAAUAUGCCGGAUUUGGAGAACAGAGUGGAGGCGGCGAUUCAGAAGCAGGACACGAUCGGAUACACGCUCACCGAGGUGCAGUACGCGCUCGACGUCACCCUCAAACUGCUCGGAUGCUAA